AUGGAAACGCGGCUGGCCUACAGCCGCGGGCCAAUAGCAGAGGGCGAAGCGGCAGGCCGCUGGGGGCCGGGCCAGCGCUCCAGCCUGGUUGGCAGCUGCGGCGCAGAGUCCAGCCGCUGGUGCGCGGAGCGGUUCAGUGUCCCCGGAGCGGAGGACCCUUCCCCCCCACCGAAAUUGCUCAAUGCUGAGACCUUCCAAAGUGAUAUUAGAGACGUUGGAAGCACCAUGGAUGGGUUUUAUGAUCAACAAGUCCCUUUUAUGGUUCCAGGGAAAUCUCGGUCAGAGGAGAGUAGAGGGCGGCCUGUGAUUGACAGAAAGAGGAAGUUUUUGGACACAGAUCUGGCUCAUGAUUCUGAAGAGUUGUUUCAGGAUCUCAGUCAACUUCAAGAGGCUUGGUUAGCUGAAGCACAAGUUCCUGAUGACGAACAGUUUGUCCCAGAUUUUCAGUCUGAUAACUUGGUGCUUCAUGCCCCACCUCCAACCAAGAUCAAACGGGAGCUGCACAGCCCCUCCUCUGAGCUGUCGUCCUGUAGCCACGAGCAGGCUCUUGGUGCUAAUUAUGGAGAAAAGUGCCUCUACAACUAUUGUGCCUAUGAUAGGAAGCCUCCCUCUGGGUUCAAGCCAUUAACCCCUCCAACCACCCCCCUGUCUCCCACCCAUCAGAAUUCCCUAUUUCCCCCACCUCAGGCAACUCUGCCCACCUCGGCGGCACAUGGCCCUGCAGCUGGCCCAGUCCCAGGUGUGGGCCCCGCCCCCACUCCUCAUUCGCUUCCGGAACCUGGACCACAGCAGCAAACCUUUGCGGUCCCCCGGCCGCCACAUCAGCCCUUGCAGAUGCCAAAGAUGAUGCCUGAAAACCAGUAUCCAUCAGAACAGAGAUUUCAGAGACAGCUGUCUGAACCCUGCCACCCCUUCCCUCCUCAGUCAGGAGUUCCUGGAGAUAAUCGCCCUAAUUACCACCGGCAAAUGUCAGAACCCAUUGUUCCUGCGGCUCCCCCACCCGCUCAGGGAUUCAAGCAAGAAUACCAUGACCCGCUCUAUGAACGUGGGGCCCCAGGCAUGCCUGGCCCCCCAGCGCAUGGGUUCCAGUCGCAAGUGGGAAUCAAGCAGGAGCCCCGGGAUUACUGCGUUGAUUCAGAAGUGCCUAACUGCCAGUCCUACAUGAGAGGGGGCUACUUCUCCGGUAGCCAUGAAGGUUUUUCAUAUGAGAAGGAUCCCCGGUUGUACUUUGAUGACACAUGUGUUGUUCCCGAGAGACUGGAAGGCAAAGUGAAACAGGAGCCCACCAUGUUUCGGGAGGGGCCCCCUUACCAGAGGCGAGGUUCCCUUCAGCUCUGGCAGUUCCUGGUUACCCUUCUUGAUGACCCAGCCAACGCCCACUUCAUUGCCUGGACAGGCCGAGGCAUGGAAUUCAAGCUGAUAGAACCUGAGGAGGUUGCUCGGCGUUGGGGCAUUCAGAAGAACCGGCCAGCCAUGAACUAUGACAAGCUCAGCCGAUCUCUACGCUAUUACUAUGAAAAGGGCAUCAUGCAGAAGGUGGCCGGGGAACGAUACGUCUACAAGUUUGUCUGCGACCCCGAUGCCCUUUUCUCCAUGGCCUUCCCCGACAACCAGCGUCCGUUCCUGAAAGCAGAGUCUGAGUGCCACCUCAGCGAGGAGGACACCCUCCCACUGACCCACUUUGAGGACAACCCUGCUUACCUCCUGGAUGUGGACCGCUGCGGCAGCCUCCCCUAUGCCGAAGGCUUUGCUUACUAA